AAAAGCCGCUCAUCCGUACUCCUCAACUAGAUUUCUCUCUGACUGCAAGAGGUAAUUUAGUUCAUGAGAGGCGCAGACCUGCAGAUCUUCUUCGCUUCACUUCAACCCUUCCAUUCAACACUUCAUAUUCACUUAUGAUCUCUCCAUCUCCUUAUUUUAAUUGUUGGCUUCUCUACAUCUUUCAGUUUAUCGGCAUGGCAUCGAUGGCUACAACUGGUGAAAACCCUUUGAUUGUCGGACAAGAUCUGCUGUCUUUCAGUUUAUCGGCAUCGAUGGCCACAACUGGUGAAAACCCUUUGAUGGUCGGACGAGACCUAGACCAUCCGUUCAUCAUGAACGGACGGUCCAGAUCUUGUUCGUCCUUUAAAGGAUUCUACUUGACCCUCAUCGAGCAGGAUCGAGCAGGAAGUAGACCAAAUCUUGUUCGUUUCUUGAUAGUAUUUCUGACAUCUUUCAGGUUUGGUUUUGCAAUUUUUGGAAAUUUUUGGGAACCGUCUGCUCUCUCUCUACACCUGUAUCCCCAAACCUUCAGCCCACCUCUGAGCCGACCCAUCACCCACCCUAGAAGCCCACCCAUCUCCCCGCUCUUCUCCCAUCCAACCCAAAAAAUUUCAGCCCAGUCCAAUUUUCCCUCACAUCUCAUCUCACGUGCAAGCCCAAAUCUCAUGUCAAGAACCAUCCUUAAACCCUAAUAUAGUAAUACCAAAGGCCCCAUUUUCAAAACGCUGUAACAUCAUCUUACAGUCAGGUUCUUCAGAUUUCUCUAGCAUCCAGGAGCCUCCAGGUUUGGUUUCUCAUAUUUCAAUGUUAUUUCAAGGUUUUUAGGGAAUGUGAUUUAGUUGUUGUUCAAUAAUGAGUAGCAUGAAACUGAUUUACCGUUUUUACUGUCAAAACUGUUUUUAAAUACCGCUAUGAUUAACCAUCGAUCAGUGUGAACUAGAUUGAGAUUCAGUAAUUCCUCCCAUGAUUCUUUCUCAUGUGUGUUGGUUGGACCAUAAACAACGAUUAUACACAAUUUGAAGUUCUGAGUAGGGUAGCAUGAGUUUCUGGCUUUGAAGAAUGUCUUGUUCCAUUUCUUUGACAUACCGCCCAUAUUUUUUUUCCUGCAUUUCCUGCUAGACAAUUAUGCUAUGUUUGGUUAGUCUAUUCUGGUCAGAACGGAACACUCAAUUCCUAUUCCCAAGGAAUCCAUAUGUUUGGUAUGAGAGGUAUGAGAAAUAACAUAAAGGAAGGGAUUGAUUUUUGGCCAUUCUAAGGAACUGAUGGUUCCUCCCUCCUAAGGAGCCAUGUAUUUCAGCCAGAAAGGGAAUUUGCUUCAUUUGCUGCUGUGGAACGUGUCUUCUCUUCUUUUUUUAUGGCAUCCGGAUAUUGAGACCUGUUUGCUUGAUUGACAGUGUCUUAUUGUGGUGAUUUCCCUGAUUUUGCUCCAAUGCUUGCUUUUGGCUCACUUAAUUUGAGCUUUUUUGAGUAUUUUAUUGCAAUAUUUACAUAUGGUAUUUACACUUUCUGAUUCCCCUAUUCUGGCUAGCCUUUUGAUUUAGGUGUGGAAUUGGGUAUCUCUUGGUGUUCUCUUAGUCAUGCAGUUCAGAAAAUUUUUUUGGUUAUAAUAUGAAGGGCCAAACAUUGGAAUUCUUGGAAUUCCCAUCUUGUUCCCAUUCUCAUUCCAGUUCCCACGACUAACCAAUCAUAGUGUUAAUGUUGUUAUCAAUCCAUGAUUUGGCAGCGAUUUCUCUUAUCAGUUGCGUUCACUUUGGUCUCCUGGAUGCGGAGCAAGCCCACUAUUUUAACUCUAUUUAGUUUUGGUGUUUGCAUGUAAAUGUGAUAUUUUCUACUGAUCCAUAGGGUUUUUUUUUUGACAUUUUUGUUUUAUUUGUUUGUAUUUUUAACUCUAAAAAAACUAUUAACUAUGUAUUCUUACUUGCAGUUGAAGUUGAAAAUGGCUUCAGUCUCACAUAAUGUAUCACAGGAUGCUGUUGAUUGGAGAAAGUAUUUGACUGUAAUUCGUGAUCAAGGACAUUGUUGGUGUUGUUGGGCAUUUGCAUCUACUGCUGCAAUUGAGGGGGCGUAUAAUAUAUUCUGUCCUAAGGUCUUUUACGAGGUUUUCGGGGAGAAAAUAUUCAAUCCCUCUGUGAUGCAUUUGUCUGUUCAGCAGCUAAUUGAUUCUGUAGUUAUAGAUCCAACAAAAAAUAGAGUUCAGAGGGGCACUGGCUGUUUCACCUCGUCUCCCAAUAAUGCAUACCGUUGGAUUUUGGAGAAUGGUAUAUGCUUUGACCGACAUUAUCCCUACCUGGCAGAGAGAGGAAGACCUAAAGAAAUUACCGCGCCAGUGUUACGGAUUAAUGGUUUCUCUAGAGUGGGACAGAGUGAGGAAGAAAUACUCAAAGCAGUUGCCAAACAACCUAUUACGGCGGGGAUAAAAUUUUCUUCUGCACUGUUAAAAUUUAAUGGGGAUGGUGUUUAUGAAGGACCACCUCCGGACGAGAACCAAAAGUGCUUUGGCAGGCAUGCGGUUUUAGUAGUUGGAUAUAGUACUACACCGGAGGGCAAAAGGUACUAUCUUAUUCGAAAUUCAUGGGGCGAGAAGUGGGGUGAUCAUGGCUAUGCCAAGGUUAGCCGAGAGAAGAUAAAUGAUGAGUAUUUGCUUUCCCAAUUUUCUUAUCCUGAUGUUGGUGAUCAGAGUUAAUUUUUGUAACAAUUGAUUAGAAAAGAUAUUGUCGACCAAUCAGUCUUGUUUUUUGAACACUUCCUAUUGUUAGGUUAGUUAUUAGAGUAUUCAAAGGUUCUGGUACUUGAAUCAAAUUUCCUUUUGAAGCAUAUUAUUGGAAAUCACAUUUUCAAGCUAUGGACUUUACAUGCUUUCA